AUGUCUAACAUUGUUAAAACUCCAACAAUAUUUCUUUCGCGUGCUGAUGAAGAGCUUAUCGCACAACAUUUUGAAAUUGAUUCCGCUUAUGUUCAACUAGCUGAACACCUUGGCUUCCAAACAGUUGAAAUUCAGUGGCUCAAAUCAAGGCAGCAUGAGAGAGGCAGCUGCACGUUAGGACUGCUCGAAGACAUAAGAAGGAAGGGCAUCUGCCUUGAAAGGUUGAUGGAUGCGGUCGGAAAAUGUGGAGUGGUGCCUGUUUUAGAUUACCUUAAUAAAAGAUAUCCUGAAAUUAGAAACUCAUAUUUGAAGAGUUUGGCAGCUUAA